AACGUAGGUUAAUUUAUAAAAUCAUGCCAAUUAAGUGUAAUGCGCUAUUACUACGAUCUAAGGUCACGCCUAAAAACCGUAAGUCAUUCAAUUAAAUUACCCAUGUCGUGACAGAGUGAACCGAUAUUACUGCACUUACGGUUUAUGUUGGGCCGACAAUCGCCGCUUGUAAGUCGUAGGUCAAGUUUGAGGUGUAGUACAAUUACUCGUAUUACACUGGAUUGCCCGUAAUCGGCAGUCGGUCAAUGUUCACCGUUACACGACCAUUAGGAUGGCCGUUGCCCGUAUCUGUGUUGUCGUUCGUUCGUCAUCACAGCCGUCCGUCGACACAGUUGAUUAUCAGUAGACUCAGCAGCACAAAACCACCUCGAGCCCGUUCAAGGAUGUCAUUGCCCCGUCUGCCCGCUGUCAGCAGCGUCUCACCCAGAGUGUUACGGGUGUUGGGAUGCAAUCCUGGUUUCAUGACGCUACAGGGUACAAAUACUUAUGUGGUUGGCACGGGUGAGCGACGUAUAUUGAUUGACACAGGAGAGCCAAACUUUCCGGAAUACAUAAAAAAUCUCCAAGAAACAAUGAUUAAGUAUAAUUUUCAACUUGAUCAUAUUAUAAUAUCACAUUGGCACUCAGAUCAUAUUGGCGGAGUAAAUAAUGUGUUGGAUAUGAUCACUAAUAAAAAUGAAUGCAAAGUUUGGAAAUUUAAUCCAAAAAUAGGUAAAAAGCGGGAUUACAACUUUCCACUUCAUUUUGUUGAGAAUAAACAAAAGUUUCAUGUUGAAGGUGCUACUUUAAUAAUUCAUCAUACACCUGGACAUACAACUGAUCAUAUAGUUAUGUUUUUGGAAGAAGAUAAUGCAUUGUUCUCUGCUGAUUGUGUGCUUGGAGAGGGAACUACUGUGUUUGAAGAUCUAACAGAAUAUUUAAACUCAUUACAAUUGAUUUUAGACCUAAACCCAACAGUUAUAUUUCCUGGUCACGGUUCUGUUAUAAAAGAUCCAAUUGUUCGAGUAAAUAAUUAUAUUAAGCAUCGGCUAGAAAGAGAAAUGGAAUUAUAUAAUUUGAUUAAUAAAAGUCCAUCUAGAUCAUUGUCUGAAGAAGAAAUUGUAAAUGAAAUGUAUACAGUUAUUCCCAAUGAUUACAAGAGAGUAGCAUCGUAUAUUGUGAAAAAUCAUCUUGCUAAAUUAUCAAAAGACGGAAAACUGGUUCUAAUUGAUGAUAAAUGGAGAAUCAAAGAACAAUGAGGUUUUUGAUAGAAUAUUUUUUAAAUUUAAGUUGUUAUAAUUUUAAAUGUAUUUUUUUUUGGUAUAAAUAAUUUUUAACUUUAGUAAGUUUUAAAUUUGUACAAGUUAACAGUUAGAACUAAAGAUUGGAAUUAUAUUAAUUAAAAACUUAUAAAAUAUGAUGCAUGAAUACAUGAAUGAAUUAUGGCUAAUAAUGUAUCUACAUAAUAUUGAAAUAAACAACAAUUUUAAUUAUAAAUUCUAACUAUAACAAAUGAAAUCAUUUUUAAUUAAUUAAUUAGUAUAUUUAUUUUAUUCUGGUUGUAAUAUUAUAUUUAUCCGUCAUUGGUCUCGUAGUGGGUGCAUCACUCACCUUGUUAGCAUUUUGAGAGCCACUGUUUUAUUUAUACCUUGAUUCAUCUGAUACUAUUUAUACCUUCAAUUGACAAUUAUCUAAAUAGACUUUUGUAAAUAUAAUAAUUUUAUGAAUAUUUAUUGAUCAGAUAUUUAUAUGCAAAGUUAUUAGUAUCUAUAAAAGUGAGCAACGUUCAUUCAAUAGUAUCAAUGUGAUUUUUUUUUGUAAACGUGUGCAAAUAUCUUUGUUUUUGUUUUAUUUUUUUUCACGGUUUUAUUCUAAAAUGUCUGAAAUGUUAUUUUGUGGUUUAGAGAAUUGUAAAAAAAAAAAUAUUUAGAAAAUUUGGAUGAUACAGAUUCUGAUCCCGUUAUUAUUAUAUUCUUCUUUUCAGUCUUCAACCCUUAGAUUGGUUUGCUGCAGUUCUCCACGCGUCUCUAUCGUUACUCAAUUCCUUUAGUUCCUUAUAACUGUUCUUCACCAUGUCAAUUAUGAUUUGCUUCAUGUACUCCAUCUUUGGUCUUCCUCUUCCUAUAUGGUCUUCAACGUCGCCUUCUAUGACGGUUUUCGAUAGACUCUCAUGGCAUAGUAGAUGUCCUAUCAUUUUAGCUCUUCUAACUUUUAUGGUAUGCCAUAGUACUUUCUUUUCUUUUAUACUAUUUAGUACUGCGUCAUUCGUUAUUCUAUUAAUCCAUUUAAUUCUUAAUAUUUUAUGAUAACACCACAUUUCGAAGGCCUCUAGUUUUCUUUUCUCUAUUACACUGAUUGUCCAGGUUUCACAGCCAUAUAAGGCAAUACAUACAUAUAUUUUUAAGAACUUUUUCUUUACCUCUAAGGUCAUAUUAUUGGUGGUUAAUAGGUGUUUUUUUUUCUGGAAAGCCCUCUUCACUUGUGCUAUUCUAUUUAGAAUUUCAUUUUUACUACGGCCAUCUUCCGUUAUUUUACUUUCUAAGUAAUUAAAGUGAUGCACUUGUUCUAUGUGUGUGUUAUCUAUAUGUAUAUUAAAUUGAACAGGGUUUGUCUUGCUGCACAUCAUAACCUUUGUCUUUUUUUUAUUUAAUCACAUUCCAUAUUUGUCCUAUAAUAUUUUAUUGACAUUAGUUAAAAUUUUUUGCAGAUCAUCCUCUGUUUCUGCGCAAAAGGCAAUGUCAUCAGCAAAUCUUAGUACAUUAAUUGUUUCUCCACCUAUUCUAACUCUUUGCUUAACUUCUAUUCUUAAUUCUUUCAUUACUUCUUCAACAUAUAGAUUAAACACUCUUUUUAAUUUUUGCUAGUUCUUCUUUCCCAUCUAUACAUAUUAAUAAAGUUUGGUUUUUGUAUAAAUUAUAGAUGCAUUUUCUGUCAUAAUACUUAAUUCCAAUUGUUUUUAGAAUAUCGAAUAAUAUACUCCACUUUACAUUAUUAAACGCCUUCUCCAAAUCGACAAAGGCUAUAAAUGUAUCUUUGUUUCUUCUGAUUUGUUUUUCAAUUAGUUUUCUUAGCGUUAGGAUUGCCUUCCUGGUUCCUAAUGCGAUAUUAAUGACGUGUUAAAUUAUAUAUAAAAAAAAAAAUAGUGUAUAUUUAAAAAUAAAUAACACUUGUAUCUAAAAUAUGGUGAUUUGUAGUUUUCAAAUAAAGUAAUAUAUUAUGUAGUAUAAUAAAUGUAAAAGC